CUAACGGUAGUUAGCUACAACACCGACGGGAAUUCUGUCAAUCGAGUGUCACCGUUUCUAUUGGAAUGCAACGUCAGCUUGUUAUCUAAUUGCUUUUCUUCGUUUAACAGCCAACAAACGGUUUCCAUCGAGCGCAUAUACACUUUAAUCUAUUUUUAUUAUAAAUACAAAUAUACAAACGAGUGCAUUAACCUGACAGGGAGGGAGUAUUUACAUAUCAAGAUUAAUGUUCAAUUUGUUAAAUACUUUUGUGCUGUAGAUACUGCCUACACCAUGGUGCGUGCAGGCCUGGUGACUGCCACCAGUCUGGCUCUGACUGGCGCUGUGAUUGCCCAUGCCUACUUUCUCAAACACCAGUUCUACCCCACUGUGGUCUACCUCACCAAGAGUAGCCCCAGUAUGGCAGUGUUGUACAUCCAGGCGUUUGUGUUGGUGUUCCUGUUGGGAAAGUUCAUGCGUAAAGUCUUCUUCGGACAGCUGAGAGCUGCGGAGAUGGAGCAUCUGAUAGAGCGAUCCUGGUAUGCUGUCACAGAGACGUGUCUGGCCUUUACCGUGUUCAGGGAUGACUUCUCUCCCCGCUUCGUAGCCCUCUUCACCCUGCUGCUCUUCAUCAAGUGCUUCCACUGGCUGGCUGAGGACAGGGUUGACUUUAUGGAGAGAAGUCCUAAUAUAUCCUGGGUCUUCCACUUCAGGGUGUUCUCUCUCAUGGUGUUGCUGGGAAUCCUGGACUUCCUGUUUGUUAACCAUGCCUGUCACAGUAUCAUCACCCGAGGGGCCUCUGUCCAACUAGUCUUUGGAUUUGAGUAUGCCAUCCUGAUGACAAUGGUGCUCACCACCUUCAUCAAGUACACCCUCCACACUGUCCACCUCCAGAGUGACAACCCCUGGGACAACAAAGCAGUCUACAUGCUCUACACCGAGCUCUUCACUGGUAUGAUACCU